AUGCUUUUGAAGAACCAGGUCUUCAUCGUAGACGGAGAUCUGAACGACGUCGUUCUCCUCGCCAAGCUAUUCGACGUCGUUCCCUUCUCCCACAUCCUCCACCUCGCCGCCACAAGCCGACGUCCGUUACGCGAUGCAGAACCCCCAAUCCUACGUCAGCUCCAACAUCGCUGGGUUCAUCAAUCUCCUGGAAAUUGCGAAAUCGGCCAACCCCCAACCCGCAAUCGUCUGGGCGUCGUCGAGCUCCGUCUACGGGCUCAACGACAAGGUCCCAUUCUCCGAGCUCCACCGCACCGUCGACGGAAGUUCCUCGGAAAAUUUUAUUUUAUUUUUCAUGUAUGUAAAAAUGAGGUGUAA